AUGGCUUCAACGGAGAGCCCAGCGCGCGCUCAUGAUCGGCAUGUCCGCCGCCGUCCCUUUACAACGUGGAUGCGCAGGCUCGCGAACCUCAAGACCCUUCAUGUCGAUUCGAGCGAGACCCUUCCUAGCCCGAAGCGAUCCAAUCUCCCCAUGACGAUCAAAUCCAAGAAGGGCAACAUUGCGAAGAAUAAUCCCUAUCCUUUGUCGUCACGGCCCGAAGCCCAUAAUCCCGGCCAUCUGUCCUUCACGGCUCCUCUAUCGUCCCAAAGAUCAAGACAUAGCUCCAUUUCGCAGAGUAAGCAGUCGAUGUCUGUCUCCCACGAUAGCCAGGCUGGCAACAAGUCGAAAGCUCCUACUUUAGCUACACAGGCAGAGACGGCAAUGUCAGAUGCUGCUCCAUCGGGUGUAGGAACCAGUGCUACGGCCGCUAAAACCGAUGGCGGAAGGGACAGCACAUUCUCGUCUCCUGCCCCUUCGGUGCGGUCUAUGGCGACCACUUUGACAACCGUUCAAUCUAUCGCACCAGGACACAACAAUCCCACGGGUCCCAUGAUGACAAACACUUCUACCACCAGCAAUGUGACGCCGCACUAUGGCGGGCCACCUGCCACUGCAGUCCCGGCACAUCUUGCACCUCAUGCGCACCCGACUACCUACCAUUCUGCAACUGCCAAUAACAUGCUCACGGAUGACGCCUCAAUUCUGACCUUGGCAUCCUCCUCGAAACGGCGCCGGCGAAAUUCAGUGGAUACCAAUGCCUCCAUGAAGGCUCUUGCCCCAGCGUCUAUGUUUGGUGGGAGUCGCGAAUCCCUUCCUCUUUCUGUUCUGUCCGGCACCGUCAUCCACCCUACCACGGACAGUUCGUCGAUUCGAGAAGGCAGUGGCGCCGUCCACGCGCGCUCCAACUUCAGCGCCGAACGUGCCAGUUUGAUUUCGGCGUCCGGCGUCACCGCUCCCGCCCUGGCAAGCGAGCGCAACAGUUACAUCGGCAGCAAGUACGGCGAUGGCGCUAGCGUGCGCAGUGGCCUCCUGGGCGGAGGUCAUGGGCAGACUGACAGCAUGAGCGGCAGCAUCGGCGGAUAUCGCGAGAAGGAAAGGGAAAGAGAGCGUGAGAAGGACCGGGAAAAUGGAAUGGUCACUGCGCCGACAAGCCCACUGGUUGAUGGGCCCGGUGGGGGAUCCCAAUACACUUCGGCUCUCGGGGAAUUGGGCAAGGAGAAAGCCGGUCAAAUCGAUGCCUAA